AAUCGCGCAUGCGCAGCCAUAGGUGCGGGCUGGAGCACAUGCGCAGGUGGGGACAAGUGCCGGGUCUUGCGGCAGCGGCAGCGAGGCUUGAGCAGAGCGUGGUUGCCGCCGGAGAUGCCUGAGGCCUCAGCCUGAGGAGCGGUCAGAGACGCGAUGGAGCGAGCAAGGGAUCGCUUACACCUGAGACGGACUACAGAACAGCACGUGCCAGAGGUGGAAGUCCAAGUCAAACGCAGAAGAACAGCCUCACUGAGCAACCAAGAGUGUCAGUUGUACCCGAGGCGUUCUCAGCAGCUACAAGCUCCUGUGGUGGAUUUCCAGGCUGAACUAAGACAGGCAUUCUUAGCUGAGACACCAAGAGGUGGUUAAAGCGGUAUUGGAACAGUGAAGAAGCUGAUCACAAACAAAAACCAGGCUUCAUCUACUGCUUGAAGUUUUUGCCCAGCUUGCAUUAUUUCUAGGAGAUCCUGCAUCACAUCUUUAUCCAUAGCCUUCCCUUUGGUCUUAAAUCAAGAAGUUUUAACUGUGGACAUCAGAAUCGGUGGAGCAGCAAUCAUGACUGUGGGCAAGAGUAGCAAGAUGCUACAGCACAUUGACUAUAGAAUGAGAUGUAUCCUUCAAGACGGCCGGAUCUUCAUUGGCACCUUCAAGGCUUUUGACAAACAUAUGAAUUUGAUUCUCUGUGAUUGUGAUGAGUUCAGGAAGAUCAAGCCAAAGAAUGCGAAGCAGCCAGAACGUGAAGAAAAGCGGGUUUUGGGUCUGGUGUUGCUGCGUGGGGAGAACUUGGUAUCCAUGACUGUGGAGGGGCCACCCCCCAAAGAUACUGGCAUUGCUCGAGUACCCCUUGCUGGAGCUGCAGGAGGCCCUGGAGUUGGUAGGGCAGCUGGCAGAGGAGUACCAGCUGGUGUACCAAUUCCUCAGGCUCCUGCUGGGUUAGCAGGCCCAGUCCGAGGAGUUGGGGGACCAUCCCAGCAGGUAAUGACUCCACAGGGAAGAGGCACUGUAGCAGCUGCUGCCGUUGCUGCUACUGCCAGCAUUGCUGGAGCCCCAACCCAGUAUCCCCCAGGACGAGGGACCCCACCUCCCCCUGUAGGCAGAGCAACACCACCUCCAGGCAUUAUGGCUCCUCCACCUGGUAUGAGACCACCCAUGGGCCCACCAAUUGGACUUCCCCCUGCUCGAGGGACACCAAUAGGUAUGCCCCCUCCAGGAAUGAGACCCCCUCCACCAGGAAUUAGAGGUCCACCUCCCCCAGGAAUGCGUCCUCCCAGACCUUAGGAUACUGAUACUAUUGAUACAUCUCAGUCACUCCCCCCUCACCCUGCAAUGUGUCUUGUGAAAUUGUGUAGAGUGUUUGUGAGCUUUUUGUCCCCUUUCUGCAUUAAUAAUAGCUAAUAAUAAAUGCAUAGAGAAAU